AUGAUGACAUAUGGAUUCAACAGUUGCAAAAAUGUUGUUUGUAAUUUCACAGAAGGCGCCAUGUAUUCAUUCCCACAAAUAAAACUACCCCCAAACGCAAUUGAAGCUGCAAAAAGUGCUGGAAAAGUUCCUAAUGUUUUCUAUUGCCUCAAGCUCUUGGAAGCCACUGGCAUUUCUACUGUCCCUGGUUCAGGCUUUGGCCAAAAAGAAGGGAAUCGGAAAUUAGAAGAUUACUUCAUUGCAUUGGAUUACAUUUCGUGACACGAAUUCAGGUUUUCUUUAUUUCUUCUAUCUGUUUGAUGAAUCUUCUUCUGUCUUCUGUCUUCUUUACUUCUUCUACUUUACUAGAUCGAAUUUGGUGUAACCAUUUGAAUUGAGUUUUCCUUUGUAUCACGUUUGUCCCUGUGUUGCUUUGUUCCUGUUCCUGUGAUAGUAUAAUCAUCUUAAUGUAUUUUUGUCCCUGUGUUGCUUUGUUCUUGUUCCUGUAAUAGUAUAAUCAUCUUAAUGUAUUUUUGUCCCUGUGUUGCUUUGUUCCUGUUCCUGUAAUAGUAUAAUCAUCUUAAUGUAUUUGUUAGAUCUUUAUAAGACAUACACAGAAUGUAAUAGUAUAAUCAUCUUAGGC